AGGAUGCUCCUCGCCGCGUGCUGCCUGUGCUGAAGGACGAGGGAUCCCAGAUGAGUGGGACGACCGCCGCGGGCAUGAGUCCUCCGAGGCCGCGGGCGUCGCUCUCGCCACUGCCGCUGCUCUUGCUGCUGGGAAGCUGCCUCCUCUCGGCCGCCGGGAGGGACAAGGGGGCGGUAGGCAGGGAGGCGGCCCCGGCCUCGGGUCCCACCGGCGGCUCCACGGGUCGCUUCGUGAGCCCCGAGCAGCACACGUGCAGCUGGCAGCUCCUAGUGCCCGCCCCGGGGACGCCGACGGGCGGAGAGGUGGCCCUGCGCUGCCAGGCCCCGGGCGGAGCGCGCCUGCAGUGCGCCUACUACGGGCAUCCCGAGCGCUGCGCCACCUCCGGAGCCCGGGGCGCGCACUACUGGAGGCGGCUGCUGGGUGCGCUGCGCCGGAGACCGCGGCCCUGCCUGGACCCGGCGCCGCUGCCACUGCGCCUGUGCGCCCGCAAGAAGGGCGGCGCUGAGCUGCACCCGUCCGUGCGUCCCGCCGUGCAGCCCCCGCCCAGGACGCGGAGCCGAGCCCGGCCGCGACAGCCCGGGCGGUCCUCGAGCUCGCAGGCCGAGGAGAGGCCCACGCAGGCGAAGACCCAAGCAGGCGGGAGGAAGGCGGGCUCCGACCUGGUCCCGGAGCCUCCGGCGGCAGCUGGACUCAAGCCGGACGGGCUAGACCAGAAUGCCGAGCUCACCGAGACCUACUGCGCCGAGAAGUGGCACUCCCUUUGCAACUUCUUUGUCAAUUUCUGGAAUGGCUGAGGCUGCGGGUCUGGCGGGGUUUCCAGGGGUAGGUGCUGCGAAGCAGAGGGCAGCAGCCGGGGCGGGAGGCUCAGGGCGUCUUGGACUGGAGAAGCGGGAUGGAGAGUAGGCAGGAGUCCGGAU